AUGUUGUGGAGUUCCGGCCAUCACCGCCACCACCAAGUUGCUGUUGUCAGGGCACUCCAACCAUCACUAUGCCACCACGUCUCCGUUACUGUGAAGCUCCGCCGUCGUCAGCUGCUGCUUCCUCUUGACCCCUCGUCGAACUCAUCAGAGCAGCAAGAAAAUGAAGCAGUCGGAGCUACCGUCGACCGCCAUUACAUCCCACCACCACUGCAGUCUGCCACUAUCGCCUUGCUGCCAUUGUCGUCCCACCGGAUACCUGCAUCUGGAUCUGUGGGCGGUGACAGGUGGUGGUGGGGACUGCCCACCACAACAACGGCGGUGAGUAGUGGUAGCACAACAGCUUCGUUGCUUCCGUCUUCCUAA